AUGGCGUCCGGUCUCUUCUUCGAUCCCCUCGUGGCCCUUCGCGCCGCUCCCCUCGUCUCUACUACGUGCUCCCUCCUCUACGCCUGGGAUCAGCACUUCUUCCUUGGUCUGCUCAACCGGCCAGAGAACCGCGCCACCAGCAAACCCCUCCUUCAAUCCUACUUUACCACCUUCUUCCACCGCGGCCUUCCCUUCGUGGUCAGCCUCGUCGCCGUCUCAACCUGGACCGGCGUCGCCAACCUGUACAUCCAGCGGCCGGCGCUGCAGGCCCGCGGCUCGGUCUGGUGGUACGUGUCGGGCACGGCGCUCGCCGUGGGCCAUCUGCUGUUCGUGCCCUGGAUUGCCCCGAGCUGUCAGGCCAUCAUGGAGGGCACGGAUGUUAACCGGAGCCUCGAUGAGUGGCUGACGGUCAACUCGCGUCGGAUGCUUUCGGUCGAUUUGGCUGCCUGGGCUGCCUUUGUCGUUGCGGCUGUAAAGACGCUGCGUGUCUGA